CCAUCACAGCUUCUACUUCUACUUUCAACACAGCUGGACUUGAGUACACAGAAGACGCUUCAUGUUGUAUGGGGUUCCUAUAAAGGGAAGGUUAACCGAACAUUAAGGGAGGAAUACAAUUUGUGAGAUACUAACUGCAUGGCCAAUCUCUGGAAGUGAUUUGAGGAGGGUCAGAAAACACAACAACAAGAGAGACCAUCACGACGUUGACAGUGCGUUAGCACCCGCUGAGGCUUUCAAAAUGCAAUCCAUAUCACCCAUUUUUAUUGUCUUCAUACUGAGAUUUGUUUCCAUGAGUCUGGAGCAAGAAAGUCCACCGUGUGUGUUAGAUCAAGAAGGAGACAUAUAUAUAAUUGGGACGUUUCCUGUUUGCACCGGUUACAAUAAAAAAUUUGGAUAGACAGCAGUGAUUUCUUAUUUAAAGCUGAUGCCACAUUAAUCAGGAAAGCACUUGAGGAUCUUUCAUUAAAACAAAACUGGAAUGUCAUUGCGACUACUUAUGAAGUACCCAGCAUUCACAUAGAAUUGCAGAAUGAAAAUAGCUCAGUUUACUGCAGUGACAGUUCGCUUACAAUCAUUUUGUUUGACUUUGAAAAAGUCAAAGCAAAAGAUAAAAUCAUGAUGUCUAAUGCUAAUGCUACAUUGUAUGUUGGAAGGAUUGAAGACUUUAUGUCGCUAAUCAGUGAAUUUAAAAACACAAACAAAAUAUUUAUAUUCUGUUGUUUAACAGACAAAACUGAUCUGAUGGUGUAUAAUAAUUUACAGAACAAUAUAAACUUAAGUGGCACAAUUCUGAUGUACCGUGGCUAUCAAUUUCCAGAUGGUUUUGACGAUUUCUUUAAGGUAGGCCACUUAUCCAAAAUAUAACCUGUUUUCUUUUUUGGUAUGAUUGCAUUGGCCAGUGGUUCCUUUCACGUGUUAUAGUGCUAUGAAGCUCGCCUUUGCUAUAUGUUUUGUGCAUUUGUCCAAGUUCGAAAGUUGAUUUCAAGAGGAUUCAUUUGGACACUUGGAGUAAAUACCAGGAUCAGUUAAAACAAGAUUAGAAUGUUAUUGUCUUUACUAAAAUGAAUGGUAAAGUAUUGAGUACAAAGUUAAAAUACAUGUAUGCAAAGGUAAGUAAUCUAAAAAAAAUAAAAACUGUAAACAUUUAAAUGGUAAAUUGCUUUUUACAAAGACAUUUAGACACACUGCAAGCAUAACCUCUGAAGGGCUUCUUUCUCUUUUAUUCUCCAACUCCAUGAUCACAUGACUGUGUAUUGUAAGCAUUGUCUAACAACACAACAAGAUUGGCAGAACUAGAGGUAUAUUAAAGGAAGAGCCAAGAGUGGAGCUCCGGCUUAUAACUGCCAUUUGUGGACUGUGUUUCUUUUGUAUUUGUUAGCCCGAUUUUAAUAUCUAGCUGUGAAAUACGUAAUGCUAAGUACAUGUGCUGCUAUUUAUAAAAAUUCACAAAAACCCUAAGUCUUGUAAUAAUUCUACUUCUAUAAAUGUUCCUGCUGUCUCCUCAGAAGACUGAUCUAUACUCUGCAAGCUCUUCUGUAAUUGGCAAUUACAAGACCGAAAUUCCUCACUGUCAGAAUGCUUGGCAACGCUACAAUGAGUUUAAUCAAUUAGACUUGAUGUGGUCUCUUCAGAUAUUCUAUUUUGCCAGGCACAUUUAUGAAACGUUUAACAGCACAUGUGUGAAGGACUUGAAGAAGUAUCAGAAUUCCCUCUUCGUGAAUACAUCAGAUGAUAUCAGAAAAAACUUCUGCAACAAUAUUGUAAACUUUCAAGAUGUGAUAUCGGCUGGGAGUUUCUACAAAGCUUAUUAUGUAGAAGGAUACGGACCAAAUAAUACACUGAUCUGUUCUGAUGAAUUCAAUCUAACCCAGCACCCAUCUAAAUGCCAAACCACUUGCCUGCCUUCACAUAAGAAAGUGAGAUUGGGAUCCUGUUGUGUUAAUUGUUAUGAAUGUGAGAAAGGAACUUUCAGCAAUGGAACAGACUGCCUCCCUCUCUCUGUAGUUCCUGAAGUGUUGAUCUCCAUCCUGUCUCCAGCCGGCAUUCUCCUGUGUGUUGGGGCCUUGUGUGUCUUUCUAAAAAAUGCUGACACCCCCAUUGUGAAAAGUUCUGGAGGGAAGAUCUUCUACUGUUACCUGGCAGGCCACAUCAUCACUUUCUUUAGCUCUUUCUUAUUCGUUGGUCAGCCAUCAGAUGGCACAUGUCGGGUGGGCCUGCCUCUGUCCGCUCUGGGGUUUUCCCUCUGCCUCUCCAGUAUGUUAGCCAGGACUUGUAAAAUAAUGUUUGCCUUCUCCAACACUGUGGAAAGGCCAACCAAAUUCCAGCAGCACUUCUAUAUCCUUGUAAUUGUGCUGGGUACUCUGGGAGAAGCUGUCAUUUGCUUCCUGUGGAUGUUUCUGGAUCCCCUCAAAUUAAUUUACCUGCCAGAAGGACAGACACUUACCAACAUGGUGUGUGACUGCGACAACAAGCACUGGUACUACCUUUGUCUGGGCUACCUUAUCGUACUGUAUUUGGCCUCAUGGGGCCUCGACAUUAAAAGUCAGUCUCUUCCUCCCACUUUUAGAGAGUCCCGCUCCACCUUCUUCAGUAUGAUGAUCUUUUUCAUUAUCUUGUGCAUUAUGCUGUUCAUAGUUGUGGCUAAUUACCAAGCAAUGCAGGCAGUGAUACUUGGGGUGUUUAUUGCUCUGUCUUCCUGGGGUAUCCUGAUUCAUUUCACUUUGCCCAAAAUCUUCAUUAUUCUGUGCAGACCACAGAAAAACAACCAGAAUUGGAUAACCUACAUCACUUUCGAAUACUGUCGUCAUGUCGCUUUCAAAGCUGACCUGAAAUUUGAAAUCCAGCAAGCAUCCACCUCUUUGCCAGAUAGUAUAACGUCCACUGGCGAAUAAAAUAUGACAAGUUAUGAGGUGUGAUCGGUAACACUUAGGACCAACAGGCCAGUUCUUAACAGAACUUCAUUUCAGUGCUACUGUAGUAGACUCAACAUUUUACAGGUCAGGGUUUGCAUUUUUGACUUCCUGAAAUUUAUAUUUAUCUUGACUGCAACUUUCCUUUUCUUUUGAUUUUAUAGAAUUACUGUGCUACCUAUGUAAGAAGGGUUGAAAUCUAAAUAAUCAACACUGUCUUCAUGUUUUUUAUUUGAUAUACUGAUUGUCCCUUUUGGUCUCGUAUAAUAAUACACAUCCAAUUCCUUUCUCUUGUGGUGGUUUUUCCUCUUUGGAUUGUUGGUUUUGGUUUUGUUGCUUCUUCUCUGUGUUGCCUGUCGAACUGACCGCUCUCGUAGUUAUAGUGUUUUGCCAAGAAAAUGCAGGGGUGAUCGUUACCACACUGAUCUGGAUUAGUGACUCUACCCUAGUCAUAUCGGGGCUUUGAAUCCCAGCCAGCACAUCAAUUUGUUAUUUUUACUCAUCCAUUGCCCACCAUGCAAAGUUAUCAGUCAUUAGCAUUACAGCUGUAAACGUCAUUCACAUGGCCUUGCUACACCAACUUGGAAAAUGUACACAUGGCAUAACAUUCUGGGGCGUUUGAGGGCUGUGCAGGCACUGUAGCCCUAAACAGACUGAGUUCAGUAGAUAGGUUCUAGAACCUUCUCAAUCCAUCUUAGGGCUUCAGGGGCCAAAGGUUAUCUCACCAAGACUGGACAGAAGACUGAAAACAGGCCUGGGCAAGACUUUAGUCUGUCACAAGGACCACUGUCACUUACAUUCACAUAAACACACACACAUACCCCAUAUUCACAAUAAGUGACGAUUUGCAAUUGCCAAAUAAAAAAAAGAAAUCUUUCUUGGCUUGAGCAUGUCUGGCUGUGGUAAUUUUCAUAAAAUGGGAUUAGCAAGACUAUUCAGUUAUGACAAAUGUUAAGGAAUAGCAGAAGUGAAAGGCAAACAUUAUGACAGCGAGUGACCAUUAUGAAUAUCAUUUGAAAAUGGAAGUCUGAUGGUAAAUUAUAGGGUGACCAGAUUUUCAAAGACCCAAUCUGGAACAUUUCUGUAGCAUGUUUCCCACACAUAAAGCCCAUCAUAAUUUGGUUAAUGCCUGCUUAUCCUCCUCAUCUACACUGGGGAAUCAGAGCAUAAAAAUAAAAAAACAAAAGAAAAAAAAAACACUUUUACAAAUAAACCCAAAGGAUUGUACACAGUGCUGGAGGUGGAAACAAAUAACUAGCAGAUCUCUUUCUCUUUUUAUCAGGUCGUUGGUUCUUCUCAUGUUGUUGUUCAAAUUUAACACAAGUUCUUAAUCAGACUUUUCCUCCAUGAUUUUUGACUGCACUAUUAUACAUAUAAUACAUGCAAGGGAUGGCAUGGAGGAUCCCUCUUGGAGUUUUGCAUGUGCUGUUCUUAAUGUUGUACAUUGUGAUGAUGUUUGUUUUAACAGAGCAAUAUUUUAUUAGAUGGACAGCCUGUUAAAACCAGGGCCAUGUGGUAUUGUAAUCUGCAGAUAAUGGUGCUGUGAGGUUGGUGUAGUGUAAGAUUAAUACUGUACUGAGUAUAAUGUUCAUUUACUCUUUAUUUAACCCCACACGAUACUUCCUUCAUAUCUGGAUAACCUUUGGUUUUCAUUACUUACAUUUUACACUUUUACAGUUAGGAGGAUCAUUUCACUUACUUGUUACAGCUUAAAGCAUCAGAAGAUGUGAAAUGCUGAUGCACUACUUCUCUUCUGUUUAUGGUCAAGCUGUUGAAAAGACUUCAUUAGGUGUAAACAACUUGGUGAUGCCAGCAGCCAGUGACAGUGACUUCACAGUCUGCCAGUGUUUCAUUAACUUGUAUUGGGGAUCUGUUUGCCAUUAAUAGUGUCUAUCAGAGGUGAAAAAGAGGAAAAUAUACAAAAUAUACAAGUAAAAUUGAAGCAAUACACUAGUUUAUGGUUGAAGUCACACAGAAUGUUGCUCUGUUUUAAGAUACACAAGUUCACAAAUUCAAAUGGGAGAUUUUAAAAUUUUAAAACUGUGUACAGUGAGAUCUGUUCACGAUAUCUCAAUGAAAAUCAAACUGUCCUUGAAGAAUAAAUGUGCUGCAUUUCAACAUAAUUCUAGGGGCCAAGUUGCUUCAUGCAGACAGACAGAUAUAUAAACAUGGCUAUCGCAAAAGGAUCUACAUGCAGCACAUACGAACACACCUAAACAGGUAACCUAACAUUCUCAAGCAAGUUUAAUACAAUUCAGGCUGGUCUAUCCCAACAGUAUCCAUUGAAAGAAAGGAGGGAAUCCUGGGUAGACUGCCAGUGACAUUUCAGGGUUUAGUCGAGUAAACACCCAUAUGGGGGCAGUUUAAAGUUGAUAAUUAACCUACAUAUCUUGGAGAAGUAGAAUGAAAACUGCAAUCUUGAGUAAAACCCAGGUGGACACAGAGGCAAAAGCCAUUGCAAUAAUCUGAACCUAAGACCAAGCAUAUCUGUUUUGCAACAAAUCUAUUAAAAAUGCUACAUAGAAUAAAGGUUGUUGGGUUUGAUAAUUAUCUAUACCUAUUUGUGACUGUUUGCUUAUUGUUGCAAUUUAGAAGAUUUUUUGGGUGUUUUAUACUGUAUAUCAUUAUGUACUUCAUUUUUUGUCUACAUAUCGAUUCAUAACCACACUCUUGAUAAUAUAUUUUAUUUUCUGUAUACCGUAUAUUUGUUUUACACCAAUAUAUUUUAUUGUUCUG